CCUCUGGGGUAUCGCCUCCGAUCCAAGGAGGGGUCUCUGAAGGGCUAUUAAUACCGAGUAAGCCCAGUAACUAUCCCUCUGGAGUCUCCUUCGAUCGACUGCAGCUCUUGGGCCAUAUCCUUACAUAAUGCGUCGUUUUGUAGCCAAGGGCUUAUCAGCCAGCACCUGUCGUGCGGCCCAAUCCGCCCCGGGUCGAGUGUCUCUCGCUCCCGCCAGAUGGUCUAGAAUGGCCGACUCUAAGGCUCCGUCUUUGGCGGCACGGAGGAUACAUGGUCUGGCUUCGACCGCGACGAGUUUCCCGACGACGCACGAGAAGAUCCAGAAGGUUGAGGAUACCCCGUUCUUUGUCGACAAUCAGUUUGUCAAGUCGAACACGACCGAAUUCAUCGAUCUGCACGACCCUGCCACCAACAAUCUGGUCACCCGCGUGCCCCAGAACACCGAUGCCGAGCUGAAAGCUGCCGUCGAGUCUGCCGAGAAGGCAUUCCCGGCAUGGCGCGCCACCAGCGUGAUGCACCGCCAGCAGAUCAUGUUCAAGUUUGUGGCGCUGAUCCGCGAGAACUGGGACCGGCUAGCGGCGAGCAUCACCCUGGAGCAGGGGAAGACCUUUGAGGACGCCAAGGGCGACGUCCUCCGUGGCCUCCAGGUCGCCGAGGCCGCCUGCUCGGCGCCGGAGAUGCUCAAGGGCGAGGUUUUGGAAGUCGCCAAGGACAUGGAGACGAGGUCAUACAAGGAGCCGCUAGGCGUCGUUGCGGCCAUUUGCCCGUUCAAUUUCCCUGCUAUGAUCCCACUCUGGUCCAUCCCCAUCGCCACCGUUACCGGCAACUGUCUUAUCCUCAAGCCCUCUGAGCGUGACCCCGGCGCGGCCAUGAUCCUUGCCGAGCUGUGCCAGAAGGCUGGCUUCCCCGACGGCGUCGUGAACAUGGUGCACGGGGCCCACCGCACCGUGAACUUCAUCCUCGACGAGCCGGCCAUCAAGGCCAUCAGCUUCGUCGGCGGCAACAAGGCUGGCGAGUACAUCUUCAGCCGCGGUUCGGCGAACGGCAAGCGCGUGCAGGCGAACCUCGGUGCCAAGAACCACGCCGCGGUCCUCCCCGACUGCAACAAGAACCACUUCAUCAACUCGAUCGUCGGUGCUGCGUUCGGCGCCGCCGGCCAGCGCUGCAUGGCCCUGUCCACCCUAGUCAUGGUUGGCGAGACGAAGGACUGGUUGCCCGAGGUUGCCGAGCGGGCCAAGUCCCUCAAGGUCGACGGUGGCUUCGAGAAGGGUGCCGACCUCGGCCCCGUCAUCAGCGCCCACAGCAAGGAGAGGAUCGAGAGCAUCAUCGCUAGCGCCGAGCAGGAGGGCGCCACGAUCCUCCUGGACGGCCGGGGCUACAAGCCGGCCAAUUACCCCAACGGCAACUGGAUCGGGCCGACCAUCAUCACCAACGUCACUCCGGACAUGCGCUGCUACCGCGAGGAGAUCUUCGGACCCGUCCUCGUGUGCCUAAACGUCGACAGCCUCGAAGAGUCCAUCGACCUGAUCAACAAGAACGAGUACGGCAACGGCGUCGCCAUCUUCACCCGCAGCGGCCCGACGGCGGAGACGUUCCGGAGGAACAUCGAGGCGGGGCAGGUCGGGAUCAACGUGCCCAUCCCCGUGCCCCUCCCCAUGUUCAGCUUCACGGGCAACAAGAAGAGCAUCGCGGGCGGCGGCGCGAGCACCUUCUACGGCCGCCCCGGCGUCAGCUUCUACACGCAGCAGAAGACCGUCACGGCCAUGUGGUCGAGCGGGGACGCGAUCAGCAAGAAGGCCGAUGUUGCCAUGCCCACGCACAGCUAGAGUAAAGUAAGGUUUCCUUGGUUGUGUCGGGGUCAAAUGGAGCUUCGGGACGGGUCGGGUCGGAGCGCGAGAAUGUAAAAUUUAGAAAUUGAAAAACCUGGGGAUUGUGGAACUGGGGUUCAAGUUAGGUGGAUGCUAGGUGAUAUCGGCCGGAUAGCCCGGUUUCUCUCUACGCAGUAAUGUUAGCAUAGCAUUAUGGAAGUUUAGCUUAUUGCAUCCUAACGGCUGGCCUCGGCCCUACAAAUGUGGAAGUCGGAGUCGAUUUUGUUCUCCUAUCUCGCUCCCUCAAGGUGCAAAACCUGUCCCCUGUCAUGAGAUAAUAACCGGGAUGCCUUUAGAAAUAAUGAGGGAGUGAGCAGUGGGUGGCACGCAAGGGCGAGGAAAAUGGUGACAUGUAUUUUGCCAUAAUAUAUAUUUUGUCCCCCUCGAAUAAGCCGGGCCUGUGAGAAAACCCC